AUGAUAAGGAAAACGGGAUAUAUUUCACAAGAACAGUCAAAUAGAAAUCAAUCCCAGACUAUUCAUCUAACAAUAUCAGACAUGACUUCAUCUUGUGAAGAUUUACACAAUUCAAGAAUCAGAUCAAAACUAACUGAAUGUUAUGAAAAGUCAACAUUUCUUCAAAAUUCAACAUCAUCUUCAUCAUCAUCUCCUUCAUUAUCAUUCAAUCGACCAAAAUCAUCUUCACCAUCUCAUGAAGAUUCAACUCAGCUUAUUUUACACAAUUUAAUGAAUUCUGAUGAAAAUAUCACACAACAAACAUAUAAUAUGAAGAAUAGAUUACAUGAAUCAGCUAUAUCACUGAAUGAUUCAAAAGAGAGCAAUAAUAACAAUGUCAGUGAUACUGAUGGUGAUCACAAUGAUAUUGGUACUGAUGUUGUUAAUGAUACUCGUGUUGAACAACAUAAUUGCUAUAACCAAAUGACAAUAAGAGAACAAUUGUAUUCUCAUCUUCCUGUGUAUAAACAAACAAAUAGUCAAUGUCCAACUGAUAAUAGUUAUGAAAAUAGAGGAUACAAUACUUAUUUAAAUGAUUUAUCAACUGAAGAGUCAACGGAUAUGAAACAAUUAGUGAAGAAAUCAAGAUAUUGUCCAUCAACUUAUUUGAAUUGUGUUGAUUCAUUGACAGAUAAGCCUAGGAUAUCUGACACUGAGUUAAAUGAAUUGAAAUCUCAAUGUAUACACAAUACAAUGAUAUCAUCUAUGUCUACUAGUACAUCAGUAUCGUCAAGUAUUUCAGUGUGUUUAUCUAAACCAUCCUUUCAUCCUACUGAAUUUAAAAUUAGUCAAGCAAUACCAUUGAAUGAUGGAGGUAUUCAUUCAAAGAAACCAGAACAAGACCUUCCAAUGAAUGUGUCUAAUGUUGAUAUGCAUUUAAAUAAUGCCGAAUAUAAAUUUAACGGAUUUCAACCUCGUUUAGAAUAUCCUCAUCAAUGUCAUAUGAAUUAUCAAAAUAAUAGUAAUAAUAAUAAUGGUGAUAUUACUAUUGCUGAUCAUAGUCAGUUUCAGUAUCACCUAAAUGGUUUGUAUCAUCACCGUCAUCAUCACCAUCAUCCUCACCAUCAGGAGAAAGACUAUACUAUGUGUUCAUCUCUAUCAUCGUCAUCAUCACCAUUGCAAAAUUAUUUUCCAUCUUUUCCAUUUGAACAUUUAUCACGUUACUCAGCUUAUGCUAAUAUGAAUUUAAAAGACUCAGAUCAUUUCAGUGUAAACAAUGAACACCAUGGAGGAGCAGGUGGCGGUGAUGGCGGUGGUGGUGGAGGAGUAGGAAGAGGAGGAAGAGUGUUACACCAUUCAAUGUUAAAUGGAGAUGAUGUAGUUGAACAUUUACACAAGUCAAUCAUGAAUACAACAUCAUCAUCUAAUGGUAGUAAUAGUAGUAAUGAUAAUUAUAGUUGUCCUAAACCGUUAAUAUUUGAUGAAUGCUUAGCCAAUAUACACAAACAAUCACCGUAUAUGAAUAAUAAUGCUUCUAUUGUUACUACCAUUGCUUCUGCUACCAUUGGUGGUAGAGGCGAACAUUUACCAGACAGUCGGCAUAUGGAACCUCCAUUUCCAUCGUCUAUUCUGAAUAAUAAUGAUAAUAACAACUUGAAUGAAAAUAUAACUUCCAAGGUAAUUUCUCAUCCUAUUCCACCAAAUCUUUCAAGUUCAAUGACAUUAUCUCCUUAUUCAAGAAGUAUAAAUCAAUGUACAACAGAUAAUAUACCAAGACUGGGACAUUUAAACUGGUCGUCAAAUAAUAGUUCAUCUCAUCCUUACAACAGAGGACAGACCGGAUAUUCAACGGAGUUCACUAAUACUACAAGACGAAGAAAUGCCACCAAAGAAAGUACAACAACUCUGAAAGCUUGGCUACAGGAACAUAUAAAAAAUCCUUAUCCUACUAAAGGAGAAAAAAUUAUGCUUGCUAUUAUUACAAAAAUGACUUUAACACAAGUUUCCACAUGGUUUGCAAACGCAAGAAGACGUCUAAAGAAGGAGAAUAAAAUGACUUGGACACCUAAACAUCGAGGUGAAGAGCACAUUGAUGAAGAUGAUGAUGAAGAAGAGGAUGAUGUCGAUGAUGAUGCAGAUGAUGAUCAAAAUGUUAACGAAGGAAGAUGUGAUGAUGAACGAAGAGUUGGAGAUGAUAAUAAGAACUGUGAUGACGAUGAUGAUGAAGACGAAAUGACUGAAUCUGAAGAAGAUUUAAAUAUAAUGGAACUGUCUUCAAAUCAAGACAGAAAUCAUUCUACAUUGAAAGAUUCUACCAACCAUAGCUAUUUCAGAAGCUAUUCAUCUGAUAAAAAUGGUAAACACAAUAAGUCUGCCAUGAAACCCGAUUCACUUAGAAUCCAAUAUCAUAAAAAUGAAUCCUACAAUGACAGUACUUUAACGAAUACAAAGAAACCUGGAGAAAUUCACCACUGUCCUCUAAUCCCACCUUAUCCUACUUCAAAUACGGGAUUAAUUAAUCAGAUGCAACCAAAUUUAAAUGCCACAUUUGAGGGUUUAUUAAAUGAACAGUAUAACAAAAUAAAUUCAACAUUGAACCAAUUGAACACAUUCAACAAAAGUCAAGAUAUUACAAGUCAGAAUGUAUUUGAAAAUAAUACACCACAAAUGACAACGCAUCAUUUAAAUCAUUCUAUUGAAAAUCAUUUAGAUGAAUUUAGAGAUAAAAUUGGUAAGAAACGACUAGCUGUUAACUUGGAUAAUAGUGAAGUUUCUUCAUCUGAAUAUAAACUAGCAAAUAUGUCUGGAUGCAAUUUACUGCCUAACAACCCCCAGUCAAGUUGGACAGAUAUGAUAACUACACCAUCUGUUAUGAAAUAUGAUACAAUUCCAUUUGGACCAUAUUGUCAUCAAAAUAGACAACUUCCACAUUAUUUUCAAGAUAAUUUACAAGUAUCACCAUAUAUUCAUGGAUUUAAUACACCGAGUAGAACAUAUCCAACUAAUCCAGUACCAAUGUCAGGUGUUAUGAACUCUUCUUCAUCAAAUUUAAAGUGUACUCAUCGCUUGUCUGGAGAUAAUAUCCCAUUGUCAUUGUCUGCUUUAACACCAAUCGCUACAACAAUUACAACAACAACAACAACAACAACUCCAGAUGUGGCAGUAACACCACCACCACCACCACCAACACUACCAACAACAACAAUAACAGCACCGAAUCCAUUUUAUACGCAUUUAUGCCAUUUUCAGAAUACUAUGCAUUUAUUAUCACCAACACCAUUCAAUCCGAAGAGUUAUAAUUCGGAAACUAUUGGAGUCAUGAAUAUGAACACUAAUCAUGAUAGAAUAUCUCUUACAAAUAUACUAAAUCCGAAAGAAUUUUUACAACUAAAAUGA